AUGUCAUCUAUUGAGAAAUUUAUUAGUAAACCACCUCUCAUUGUCUAUUCAUCACUAGCACAACUGCGGUACUUAGUUCUUAGCGAGGGGAUACCUGCCACAGGAGAUAAACGUGAACAGCGACUUAGAGCUUACAUAUGGUCAAUCCUCUCUAGGACAUCCAUGGAACAUUCUACAAGCGUAUACGUUACGUUGGUCAACCAGGGACCGCCAUCAUCAACCAUAUACAAAAAAAUCAAGAAUGACACUGGUAGAACUUUUCAAACAAACACCAAAUUCAAAGAUAUUGUCCCAGAGGAUGCACUGACACGAUGUCUCUCCUGUUUUGCAUGGCAAACCCAACAUUUAUACGAGGAGGAUAAGUCGAAGAAGAACAUCAGCACGUAUGUACAAGGUAUGAACGUAUUAUUAGCACCUUUAUUGUAUUCUUGUCCCAGUGAACCUAUAGCAUUCCAAUUAUUUUCAAACCUUUGUUAUUCCCAAAUACCGACAUAUAUUACACCGAAUCUAACAGGUGUGAGGAAUGGUGCUAAGUUAUUAGAUCUCUGCCUUAAGAUUAUUGAUCCCAAACUGAGUAAAUUUUUAAAUGAUAAUUUAUUGACUGCAGAAAUAUAUGGGAUGCCAUCGAUCUUGACGUUAUCCGGAUGUAACAAACCACUGGAUCAUGUCUGUCGUCUUUGGGAUUUCAUGUUUGCAUAUGGGUUCCACAUGAAUAUCUUAUUUAUUGUGGCGAUGUUAGUUACCAUUAGAAAUAGAAUACUUCGUUCAGAUUCACCAAUGAAUUUAAUGAAGGAUCUACCUGAAUUUGAUUCAGAUGAAAUCAUAAAAUUAGGUGUUGGAUUUCUCCCGAAGAUUCCAUCAAAGACAUACAGCCUGUUAGUAAGGCAUUUGACGGAUCCUGAUCUUUUUAUAUAUUAG